ACCAUGCAAACAAAGCUUCCAAAGAAAUGUCCACACUGUACAGGCUCUGGUGGAAUGCUAUCCCGGACAUCGUAUCCGGAUCCGGAUCCCGGACACGCUCUAAGAAAACAUCGAUCCAUCGAAUUCCAAGGAAAUGUCCACACGGUACGGUAUCCAGAUCCGGAUCCCAGGCACGCUCAGAGGUGGUGGCUUCACUUGGAUUACUUUUCAUCAAUUUUCGGUGUUAUACUUCAAAAGGAAAGCAAGUUUGGAAAACUCGAACAACCUUCAAGCCAUCUCUUCACAACAUUGUACCCCGAAGAUGGAUUUCGCAUGAUGUAGUUGUCAUCCCAAGGAUUUAAUCAAUACCUGAAAAUGGACGAAUUGCCUAACAAGAAGAAGCUUGCGCCAGACAUCGCAAUGUCUUGUAGCAGAAGAGGUAACAAAAAAUAAAUUAGAAGAAAAAAACGGAAAAAUAAAAAACAAAUGAAAUUAAAGUCUCUAGCUUUUUGUAAACAAACCGAAAAACCUAAAUGAAUGGCAACCAUG